AUGGCAGAAAGAGUCAAGCAAGCCGUCAAAUCCGAGGCCCUACGCGUCGGAUCCCUGGCCAGCAGCGCCGCCAAAUCAGGCGCCUACAUCUAUCCCAUCAAGGGCAUAUUCUACUUUCUCGCCCAUCGCAGUCUCUGGAAACCACUCCUCUCCCGCAUCGGCCCAACGCUCUCUCUAGGCCUAAGCGUCACAUCCGCCAUGUUCUUCUUCACAUACGUCCCGCAACUUGCCCUCCUAGCCAUCACUUCCGGCCCCCUCGUGGCGCCUAUAUCCACCUUACUACUCGUCCUCAGCGAAAGCUCAACGAUCACAAACACCCUAUCCCGCUCCUUUCUGACGCACGAAGCAGCCGCCCUCGUGGAUACCUUCGACGGGACGCUCAUCUCCGCAGGCCACGAGGCGCUAGUCACCAAUGGACGACAGCUCAAAGCAAGUGCUGCCGAUCCCAUCGCGCGAUUGGGAAGACUAAUAAAAACCCCCUUUCGCGGGUUCUCGCCGACAUCUUUGAUGCAGACAAUAAUGUAUCUCCCGCUCAAUUUUGUGCCGGUGGUUGGAACGCUGCUUUUUGUUGUGCUGCAGGGUAGGAAAUUCGGGCUGGGGGUGCAUGAGCGGUAUUUUCAGUUGAAGGGGUGGAAGGGGAGCGAGAGGGAGGAGUGGGUACAGAGGCAUACGCCGGCGUAUACGAGUUUUGGCGUGCUGGGUUUUGCGCUCGAAAUGGUUCCGGUCGUAUCGAUUUUCUUUUCGUAUACUAAUACCGUCGGUGCAGCGCUGUGGGCGGCGGAUAUUGAAGCAAAGGCCUCGACGACUUCGGGUUUAAGAGAGGAGGGUAAGAAGGUGGAAUAG